AUGUAUGAGAACCUCACCCACCAGUCGCCAACACUUGGAAAUCAACAAGUAACAACACAAAUCCACAGUUUACUAACUGCUUUGGAGCAACAAGAACUUCGCCGGCAGGAAAAUCAACAGCAACUUUUCAGUCGAAUUGAGGAGUGGAGAAACACGAACACAGGAGCUGCAUCUGUAACCUCGCAAGGAGAAACACAUGCAACAGCAGAGCAACCCCUCAUUUCAGCAAUAGAAAGCUUAACACUCGUACUGCAGCAAUGCACAGAAAGAAGUACGAAUCAAUUGGCAGCCAGUUCAUCACAAGGCGAUCAACAUCAGCAACCGGCACAAUCGAAUAGGCCAACAGCGAUGGUUAUUGAAUUAUCAAGCGAGCCGGAUGAUCGCUUCGAAACACCCAGCGACGAUGCAGCAACAGAGCAUGAUGACACAACAAGAGAUAGCAACGGCUCAUCAGGUAAUCGUCAAAUGGUAGUACGUGUGGCUCGACAGAACGAGACAGUAGCCUGA